AUUAGCAUGCCAAAGAUAAGAAGCAUGCCACAACUGUUAGCGUGCCGACAUAGCGCUGAACUCUACUUAAACUGGCAGAGUGUGGUGCUUAAACUGAGCGUAUUUAUCGUCGAUAAGCAAAAACAUCCGGUUACGAGGAAGAAAACAUUUAAUAAGCCACAUAUCAAAACAGCUGCUGUGAGCCCCACGGAGAGGUAUCACUCCGCUCCGUCUGAAUGUAGUCCCGUAACAGCAGCGCAAACGGGAGGUUGUUGGCGGAGGGAUACGGUUGUGCUGGCAGGAGCAAACGACAUCUCCAACGUGUAUGUGAAGACCACACAUUAUUCAUUUUAUUCCUAAAAGAAAAGCACACUGUUCACAGGCGGAAUUUUAACGGAAUAUAUAAUUGUUUUGCACAUUAAAUGUCCGGAUAAGCAGGCAAGGAGAUGACGACAGAGGUGGAGAGGCCAGCAGGAGGCACAGCUGACCAGGAGAUGAAAUGUAAUGAAGAGGAGGAAGAGGUCCUGCAAGAAAAGGAUGAUGAAGGUCUGCAGGAGGACGCUGACCCCCCACCAGUCCAUAUCAUCCCUCUCCCAGUCCAGCCUAAUGCAGAGAACAGCUGCGGGCCCCUCACAGACAGCAGCGCAAUGGAGUCUGCAGGUGCUUCUCUAAGCUUCAGGGUCAACGGUCAGCUGGUCCCCCUGCUGCCUGGAGGGGGCACUGCAAAGCUGAAGUUGCGCGCUCAUCCUGAAGGUUCAGCCAGUGGUUUCACCACGGUCCAGAUCCCUGUCACGCUGACCCUUCACAGUCCUGCAGGGAUCCAGUACAUCAGCACCACUGCCUCUCUGAGUGCCUCCCCUGCUCCUGCCCCCACACCCAUCAUCACAGGCGUGAUCUGUGGUGAAGCAGCUCAGAAGGUUCUGAUCGACCACAACGUGAACUUCAACCCUCCGACCGGGUUAAAGAAUCAACAUUCUGCUGCGGCAUCACCAUUCACCUCAUCACAGGCCACGCCCCCCCCAGCACCUGGCAGGACCAAAAAGCGUCCGAGCAGCAGAUCUGCAGCACCGCACACACUGCUGCACAAAGGUGAGUUGGGUCCCGUGCGCCCCCCCGACUGCCUCGUCUGCACAUCGCAGUACAAAUUGAUCACAGAGCUGCGAGGAUUCAUGUGUAUGUGCAGCCCAGCCAUCAUGCAGAGUCUGAGGAACCUGAAGAGGAAGAAGAAAAGCAAACACCACAGGGGGAGCAGGGACAAAAUCAGAACCCUGAAACCCAGCAGAGACUCUCAAACCAACAGUAGGGUGUCCAAAACCAGACCAGGACCCUCUGCUUCUAAAGGUGUUUCUCCUUCUCAGAGGGCUCACUGGUCAUCUGGUGAUCUCCUGACCAGUCAGGUUAGCGCCUCCGCCUCCCUUCCGUCCCUCUGCGACCCUUCUGAGCCAGAUCUGUUUGGAUCCCUGCCCAGCUCGCCUCACGGCAAACUCGUGAUCCUUGUGGAGGAUUUUUAUUAUGGCUCCGCCCCCGGACAACACCCUAAGAAAUGCAACCUGAUGGGCGCAAAGUACAGCGAGCCAUACCGCUGCAUCCACUGCCCCAAGACGCUCGACAACAACAUCGAGUUGAUGAGUCACAUGCAGCAGCAUGUGUCCAUGAUAUUUCAGUGGGACUCUGCGUUCUCGUGUCCACACUGUUCCCGUCACUUCCUGUCUGCUGGGAAGCUGCAGAGUCACGUGGAGGCUGUCCACAAUCAGUGCGAGUCCAAAGCCACGUGUAGGAUCUGCGAGCUGGCAUUUGAAAGUGAACCUGCUUUCCUGUGGCACAUGAAGACCACCCACAAACCGGGAGAGAUGCCCUACAUCUGCCAGGAGUGUGGCUUCAGGUCGUCCUUCUACUCAGAUGUGUGGUUCCACUUUGAGGAGUGUCACACCAGCACCAGAAACUUUAUGUGUCAAUACUGCCUCAGAGUGUUGCGCCGCAACACCUGCUACCAGCAGCACUUUAUCCGCCACCAGAAGAAGCGCGAGUUUGGCUGUGAUAAAUGUCGUCUCCACUUCCUGUACAUAAAAGAGCUGGUUGAGCACAGAGUUCUGUAUCACAGGACGCACAUCAGACCACCUCAGCUCAGCGGACUCAAACCUGGAACCAAGGUGACGGUCAGGGCGUAUUCUGUGGUUGGGGAAUCUGAAGGUGAAGGACCUAAGACAACUGUUGCUUCAUGCAAGGUGGUGGAUGUUGCUCUUCCUACGUCUUCGCAGGAAGUUCCUCAGAGGAAACCAGUGGAAACGCUGGGAUCGCUGCUGCUCAGCCUGAACCCGGACAGGCUGUCUCGGCCGCUUCAGCGCUGCCUCGAGUGUCUGAACUCAGUUCCUGACCUCAGGACGCACUACCCUUCUCUGGUCCAUUGCUCGCUCUGCAGGUUCAUCACCUGCUGCUCCACCUCCUACGCCAACCACAUGAUCAAUAACCAUGCGACCUGCAAGAAGGUGCCGCCGUACCAAACCAUCUUCCAGUCUGACCCCAAGCUGCCAGACAUGUUGAUGUGUGUGACAUGCAAACUCUUAACCUGCAGAGGAGACCUGAUGGCCAAUCAUCUGACAGAGAAGCCAAAGCACACCUGUAUCAUGUUAGCGCACACAGAGAGUGGGAUGACUUAUGAGAAUGAAACUGUAUCAGAGCCGAGAGAGAGUGGAGCCGACACACAAUCACAGUCUGACAGCACGACGUGUUCUGGCAGUGAGGGCGGAGCCUUCAUCCCCAUCCACCUCCUCCCCUCCAGCUCUACCCAGCUGUCAGUCAGACCCCUUCUUUCCUCCUCCUCCUUCUCCUCCCAACCCGCGAUGACCAUCAAGUUCCUGGGGCCCCGCUCAGUCCCUGGUCAGGCUCCGGUCCCUCUGUUGCUCUCCCAGCUUUCCAUCAUGCUCUCUUCUCUGUGCCACGGCAUCACAGUGGCAGCUCAUCAUCACUGCACGUCUCCCACCACGAUCCGUUCAUGGAUCCGACAGCAGCAGCGCAGCCUGAGGCACCGGCUGUGGAGCUGGAAGACGGAGGAGAUGGCGGAGUGGGUGCUGGAGCGGUGGGAGCAGCAGCAGAUUGUGACUGAGGAGUUGCUGCUCUUGGCAGCGAGGGCAGCUCUGGGAGGGGAUGGCCGGCCGGAGGACUGGUACAGCUGGACCGUGGACUUCAUGCUGAGACACGACCUUGGACCGCAGACCACCAACAGAAAUGUGUCGAGUAGCUUCAACGGCAAAAGCCGCCGCUUCAUCGACAUGCUCCGCUCACAGAGUCGGUCUCCUCACUCUCUGGGCUGCAUGGACGAGCUCCCCGUCUUCAUCGAUUUAGACAAGUUCUCCAGCCAGAGCCCAGCUUCCUUCCAGCUGUACGGUUUGCCUGAAGACAGGCCCGUGUUUGACGUCAUCAUCUCCGCUCUGUCUGAUGGCGGCUUCCUCCCCCCCCUGCUGUUCUUUACGGGAGCUGCACCUGAUAUUCCUGAAGGAUUUCCUGAGAAUGUGGUGCUGGAGGCUCGAGCAGAGGGAUUCACGGAUCAGGACCGCCUGCGCAUCUGGAUUGAAAAGGUGUGGCACCCCUGUGUGGCCUCGCAGCGUAACAGCAGUUGUCUCUUGAUAGCGGAUGUCCAUCGAGGCCACCAGACAGAUGCGUUCAGGCGGGCUCUGUCAUCGGUCUGCACAGACGUCAUCUUCAUCCCGUCAGGAUGCAGCUCCCGUCUGCAGCCGCUCGACGUCUGUGUGACACGGGUGCUUAGGGACUUCCUGCAGACCCAGUGGAUUCAGCUGGUGUCCACUGGGGGUUUGGAUGGUCUGGGUCUGGAUCAGCUGGCUCUGACUCUGGCCUGUUGGCUCAGUGAAUUUUCUUCCACGCUCAACUCGGAGAAGCACGUCAUGCACAGGUCUUUCACCUCAGUGUGUAGCCUUCAGCAGAUGGACGAUCAGGUGGAGAUGGCAAAGAUGAUCACAGCUUUAACCACAGUGCUGAUUCAGCCUCCGGAAACGGGAGGACCAGAGCCGGGACCAGGACCAGAGCCGGGACCAGGACCAGAGCCGGGACCAGGAUCAGAGCCGGGACCAGGACCAGAGCCAGUGGAACUGUCCAAGGUAAAGGAGGAGGACAUACGGGUGGAGGAGGAGGUGGAGUGUUCUGUCAGACUGUAGUACGUCACAUUUGACCAGGAUACGUUUCGUGGUUUCCAUGACGAACACUACAAACACACCUUUUGCCUGCACUUUGAUAAGAGAGAAGCUGAUCAGUAUUAUUGAUCCUUGGCUGUACAACGGCAGGAAAAACCUGUCUCAUCAUGUAAACAAGAGGUUGUCAUGAGUAAAAUCUAGCACUGACGACUUUUCUAACAACAUUUUUGUUCUGUUACUUUUGCAUUGAAAAGAAUGAUUGGGAUGUUUUUGUAUUGAAAUAAAGAAAUGAUGCUGAAGGACUGUUUAAUGCUUUUAUUGAUCAGUAACAAAGGAGAAAACUGAAGUUGCUGCUUCUCUGGUUGGAGCAGACACGACUGCAUUGUUCAGGAUAUUGUUGGCAGGAAGUUGUUUUCCUUUGUCUUCAGCUGUUUGAAAACAAACUUCAGUCCUACUAUGUCCACACAGAGGUCGUGACCCAGCGCCGUGUGACACAGAACAGGAAGUCUGUUCACAUCUCUGCUAAUAUGACAUCAUCCUGAUUGAUUUAAUGUGAAAUCAGCUCGAGAGGAUCCAGACCAAACUCCACUCACAUACUUGUCAAUUUAAUGUGACGCUGACCAAAAUCUGUCCUGAUGUAGAAACGGUACAAAGAAGCAGCACGCUGACCUCAGCAGCUGCAUUAAUGUCCCCGUUGUCACAAUCAAAUAUAGAAACCAUGGGAACACUACCACUUUCCCAGCAUGCCCUGGAGCAAGGCAGCGACCCCCACCCCCCCAAGGGCAGUCUUGAGCUGCAUCAUAGGAAGGAUUUGAGGAUUGUUUGGCCUCCACUGUCCUGUUUAAAUAUAGGUUUGCAUUUACAAAUCGACUCUGCAUUCAUGUUUUCCCAGUUGGGACCAUUUUUCUGGUUAUUCCACGACCACGCAGCAGCAACACUCUAAAACAAGAACAGACUUUCACCCUUACAAAUAAUGCACAGCUGUUUAAUCGUCCCUCACCGGACUCCAGCACAGCUCAUUUAUAAACCAGGUACAGUGGAAGGAUUUAGUCAGACACCAAUUGUGAAAAGAUGAGUGGCCUGUAACUUUCAUCAUAGCUAUACCUCAACUAUGAGAGACACGAUGAGGAAAAACAAAUCCAGAAAAUCACUUUGUCUUUUUUUCUUUUUUUUAAAGAAUUUAUUUACAAAUUAUGGUGGAAAAUAAGUAUUUGGUCGCCUACAAACAAGCAAGAUUUUUACUCUCACAGACCUGUAACAUCUGUAAGAGGCUCCUCUGUCCUCCACUCGUUACCUGUGUUAAUGGCACCUGUUUGAACUCGUUAUCAGUAUAAAGACACCUGUCCACAACCUCAAACAGUCAGACUCCAAAGUCCACUGUGGCCAAGACCAAAGAGCUGUCAAAGGACACCAGAAACAAAAUUGUAGACCUGCACCAGACUGGGAAGACUGCAUCUGCAGCUUGGUGUGCAUCUGCAACUGUGGGAGCAAUUUUUAGAAAACAGAAGAUAUACAAGAUAACCAAUAAUCUCCCUCGAUCUGGGGCUCCACGCAAGAUCUCAUCCUGUGGGGUCAAAAUGAUCACAAGAACCACAUGCAAGGACCUCGUGAACGACCCGCAGAGAGCUGGGACCAAAGAAACAAAGGCCACCGUCAGUAACUCACUCAAAUCCUGCAGUGCCAGACGUGUCCCCCUGCUCAUGCCAGUACAUCUCCAAGCCCGUCUGAAGUUUGUUACAGAGCAUUUGUCAUAUGGUCAGAUGAAACCAAAAUAGAACUGUUUGUUAAAAACUGCUUGUUGUGUGCUGAGUUGCGUCCAAAGAACAGCAUACCUACUGUGAAGCACGGGGGUGGAAACAUCAUGCUUCAUGCUGUUUUUCUGCACAGGGCCAGGGCCACUGAUCCGUGUAAAGGAAAGAAUGAAUGAGACCAUGUAUCGUGACAUUUUGAAUGAAAACCUUCCAUCAGUGAGGGCACUGAAGGUGAAUCGUGGCUGGGUCUUUCAGCAUGACAAUGAUACCGAGCACACCACCCGGGUAGCGAAGGAGUGGCUUUGUAAGAAGCAUUUGGAGGUCCUGGAGUGGCCGAGCCACUCUCCAGAUCUCAGCCUCAUAGAAAAUCUUUGGAGGAGUUGAAAGUUGUUGCCGAGCGAGAGCCCCAGAACAACACAGCUCUAGAGGAGAUGUGCAUGGAGGAAUGGGCCUAAGUACCAGCAACAGUGUGAAAACCUUGUGAAGACUCACAGAAAACGUUUGACCUCUGUCAUUGCCAACAAAGGGUAUAAAACAAAGUACUGAGAUGAACUUUUGUUAUUGACAAAAUACUUAUUUUCCUCCAUAAUUUGGAAAUAAAUUCUUUAAAAGUCAGACUGUGAUUUUCUGGAUUUGUUUUUCUCAUCAUAGUUGAGGUAUAGCUAUGAUGAAAAUUACAGGCCUCUCAUGUUUUUAAGUGGGAGAACUUGAACAACUGGUGGCCGACUAAAUACAUUUUUGUCCCAAUGUAACUGUUGAUGUUGGCAAAGAAAGAGAAGGCAAACUGAGGCAGUGUUAACAUUUAAUUUCCAAAGAAAGUUGAGCAGAGCACAGCUCUCGCAUUAGGGAUGGCUUAGGUGUGGGCAGCUGUUAAAGACAACGAGUCAGCGUCAGCUGCGACUCCACAUCGAUCAGAAUCACCCGGCCAGACAAGCCCUUCUAAAUGAUGUGACACAGGCCGUGUGGGACCGAUGAGCCUGUGACAUAUGAAACGCAUUAUUUAGAAGGCCAACAUAUUUUAAAACAGAAUUUCACAGCUUAACUUUAAAAUGUUGGUAGGGUAGGUUGGUCAGCUCUGCAGUGAUGGCUGUGUUUGUUGAGCCUUGUUCUAGUCCAGGGUGCAGGUUUUAGAUGUGCCCUUGAUCCAAUACAGCUGAUUUAAACGGCUA